AUGCCGGUCCGGACGAACAGCGCAGACGCGACGCCUGUCCCCGAGGACGAGCUCAAGAUGCAGAUGUACAUCCAGGAUCGUCGCGUUAUCGGCUACGAUCCCCUAGUGCAGCCCGCGCUGCUCAGACACGAGAUCGUGUCCUCGCCCGAGUCCCUCCACACCAUCGCCUCCGCCCGCUUCGCCGCCGCACGCAUCAACGCCGGCAAGGACGAUCGCCUCAUCGUCGUCGUCGGGCCCUGCUCCAUCCACUCCACCGCACAGGCCAUCGAGUAUGCACACCUCCUCAAGCAAAAGAUGCCCGAGUGGCCGAACCUCCUCAUCGUCAUGCGCGCCUACUUCGAGGUGAUUCAUUGUCUCCCUCCUUUCCUAUAUAGAAAUACGGGGUACGCAAAUAACCGGAAACCGCGGACGACGGUCGGCUGGAAAGGCCUCAUCAACGACCCAGACAUCGACGGCUCCUUCCGCAUCAACAAGGGCCUGCGCCUCGCGCGCCAGCUCCUCUGCGACCUCACCGCGAUGGGCGUCCCCGUCGGCUCCGAGCUCCUCGACACCAUCUCCCCGCAGUACAUCGCGGACCUCAUCUCGUGGGGCGCCAUUGGGGCGCGCACGACCGAGAGCCAGCUUCAUCGCGAGCUCGCGAGCGGCGUGUCGUUCCCGAUCGGCUUCAAGAACGGCACGGACGGCUCGAUGACGGUGGCGGUCGACGCGAUGCGCUCCGCGUCGAACCCGCAUGCGUUCAUGGGUGUCACCGAGCAGGGUCUGGCCGCUAUCGUCAAGACGCGCGGUAACCAGGACGUGCACGUCAUCCUGCGCGGCGGGACGAAGGGCCCAAACUAUGCCGCCGAGCACGUCAAGGCCGCCGCGUCCGCCAUCGAAAAGGCCCGCCCGCAGCACCACCCCUCCAUCAUGAUCGACUGCUCCCACGGCAACUCGGAGAAGAACCACAACAACCAACCCAAGGUGCUCGCAUCGAUCUGCGCACAGCUCGCCGCCGGGGACCGCACCAUCACGGGCGUCAUGGUCGAGUCGCACAUCAACGCGGGCCGCCAGGACGUGCCGCCCGAGGGCCCGGGCGCGCUCAAGCACGGGGUGAGCAUCACGGACGCGUGUGUGGACUGGGCGACGACGGUCAAGAUGAUGGACGAGCUGAAUGCGGCGGUCGGGAGCAGGCGGGAGCGCGUGUUGCAGAAUGGCUUGAGGAAGUAG